AUGGCCAAGGAGGAGGCUCCGACGCCAGUGGCGGAAGGUCCCUCCCUGCUGCUGGAGCUGGUGAGCUCCCCUCUGAACCUGAGCCUGCUGGGCCGCUGCCUCUUUCUGCUCUUCCAGAUCCUGCGAGGCAGGGACCAAGGAGGAGGAGGCCAGUGCCCAGAGGACGAAGAGCUGCCUCUGCCACCGAAGCUCAAGCGCUGGGACUUCAACCUCUGGCAGCUAUGGCCCUUCGAUGGCUGGCAGGAGCCCCGCAUCCUCAUGGCCUUCAACGGCAAGGUCUUCGACGUCUCCCGCGGCAGGAAGUUCUACGGACCAGAUGGCCCUUAUGGGAUAUUUGCUGGAAGAGAUGCCUCCAGAGGCCUUGCUACCUUCUGCCUGGAUAAAGAAGCUUUGAAGGAUGAAUAUGAUGACCUUUCUGAUCUUGACGCCACCCAGAGAGAGACGCUGAAUGACUGGGAGCAGCAGUUCACAUUUAAAUACCAUUAUGUAGGCAAAUUGCUGAAGGAUGGAGAAGAGCCCACAAUAUAUUCCGAUGAAGAAGAAACAAAAGAUGCUAAAGAUCGCAAGAAUGAUUAGCCAACACAGGGAAGAACAGUCUGGAGAUUGAU